AGAGAGGGGUGGGGCAGAGGGCAGGAAAUAGCCUGAAGAGAAGAGAAGUAGUGAGUUCACAUUGUCAUACACUCAGGGAGUAAUGCUGAGGCACUGCGUUGGAUCCAUGCUGCGGGAGCACAGCGUGUUGUAGUCCGCAGGUGCUUUCAGCGUGCCUUUGCUUAAACAGGACCAGCUGUCUGAUUGCACAAAACAAAAGAGACUACUUGAAGUGUUGGAAUAUUUCAAAACACAAGGAGUAACAGCUACUGGAUCACUUUGGAUAUACUAUAGUCAGUGAUUUUGGAUUGAUGUAAUGUUUUGUCUUCUGGAAGAUAUAUUUCAAUAGACUUUAUUUUACCAUUGUUGACUUGUGGCUCUGCAUGAUUCUCAUGGACUAAAUGAAUUGUCACAGACAGUUGUCUGAGCUGGAGAUUCUGAGUGAGUACGGCACAAGCUCCUUACCUUUGGGGUGAAUACGCAAAGGGCAGAGGGGUAAAGAAGGGGGGAGGAGAGGCGGAAGCUACAGCUUGUCUCCUGUCUCUAGGGAGGACUGCUUUCACCCCAGUGUCUCUACUGAAGAAUGCUGAGGGGAAGCGUUUGAAUGCUUGCAACGGCAUGCUGCCCUGAAAGCAAGCAUAUGAAAGAGAUCUCUGUGUCCCGAGCAGCAAGAGCAUUUUGGUCAAAGACACUUUAAAGGAAUGCUUCUGUUCCCUUUUGCUUUGUGUCCUACCAACCAUUCAUUCUGGAUCCUGCAUCAAGGGAAUUCCCUCCACAAUAUAUCUGCUGUAUAAUUUCUACCCAAUACAAUACCUUUCUUUCCUGUAGGGAUGCACAACAUCACCUUACAGAUGGACAAUACAUCUCCACAAUGGGACAGCUUCCAAUUCAGCAACUGGAACAGUUCUAACAGCUCGGACCAGACUAAUCAAGGGUGCACCAAGAAUGACGGAUUCAAGUAUCCGCUCUACAGCACAGUGUUCAGCAUUGUCUUUGUGGUGGGACUUAUUAUGAACGUAAUAGCCAUGUACAUCUUUUCCUGCACGCUGAAAGUUCGUAAUGAAACGACAACCUAUAUGAUGAACCUGGUGGUGUCAGACCUGCUGUUUGUUCUCACGCUACCAUUGCGGGUUUUUUAUUUCAUUCGGCAGGACUGGCCGUUUGGUGGUUUGCUGUGCAAGCUGUCAGUCUCUCUAUUCUACACAAAUAUGUAUGGCAGCAUCCUUUUUCUCACCUGCAUCAGUGUGGACCGGUUCUUGGCCAUCGUUUACCCUCUCCGUUCACGGGAACUUCGGACCAAGCGCAAUGCUAAGAUAGUAUGCGUAGCAGUAUGGGUGCUGGUGCUCUCGGGUAGUCUGCCAACAGGCUUCUUGCUGGACUCUACCCCCCGCCAAAGUGACAACUCCUCUGCCCAGUUCUGCUUUGAGAACUUCUCCUCAAAGCAGUGGAAGUCUCAUCUAUCCAAGGUGGUGAUUUUCAUAGAGACUGUGGGUUUCUUCAUACCACUGCUCCUUAAUGUUGUCUGUUCUGCAAUGGUUCUUCAGACUCUGAGGAGGCCACGGGCAGUCACUCGAGGUGGGAAGCUUAACAAAACGAAGAUCUUACGUAUGAUAAUGGUGCACCUAUUUAUCUUUUGCUUCUGUUUCAUUCCUUAUAAUGUCAACCUCGUGUUUUACUCACUGGUGCGCACCAAAACCUUGGAAGGCUGUGCAGCCGAAACUGUGGUCAGGACCAUUUAUCCAAUCGCCUUGUGCAUAGCUGUAACCAACUGUUGCUUUGACCCUAUCGUGUACUAUUUUACCUCAGAAACUAUACAAAACUCCAUAAGGAGGAAGUCACAGAUAGGCACAAACUGUGACAUGAAGUACUCCGAAGCGUUGCAAUCAGAGACAAGCUCCAGCCUUAAUUUCAGCCUGAGGACCCUUACAAACAAGAUGUUCUUCAGUUCACUGCAAGAGUCCAUUGCAUGAGGAGACUUCACGACUCUUUAAACUGUUGGAUAUUUUGUACAAAUAUCUGCUCAGUUAAUGGACAGUUAAAAUUGUUGCUACAGUGUUCAGAAAAGUCUGUGUAAUUUUAUUUUAAAAUAUCACCUCAGUUAGUGGACUCUGCCCCCUAAAUAGUGUUUUUACACCCUGCAAAAUAUGCAUGAUGUCAGUCCUGGAUUGAAUGUGUGAAAAUAUCCAUCUAAAAUAAAGUAUUUAACUUCAGAAAAAGCUUCUUUUUUUUCAAGAUACAGAAACUGUAACUAGUUUACUUUGGAUACCAUAGAGCAGGAUUACUUAAAACACAGACCUUAUUGCACUUGCCUUUUUAAGUUGGUGAAUUAAUCUUACCAGGACAUUGUAAUAGUAUUUAAAAAUAAUAAUAAUAAAAAAAUAAUGAAAAUUGGCUUCAAGUCCUGAUCUGAGUCCCAGUCUGAAACUGAUACAACUAGCAAGACAGUUUUGGGGACAACAAAUCUACUAAAACUUGUUAAUGAUACAAUCAUUCCUGAUUGGGGCUUUGAAUGAUUUUUUACAAAUAAAUAUUAAUGACAGAAUCUUAAUAUCCUGAUGUGUCAUAGUGUUAAUUCAUGAAAAGUCUUUUUUUUUUUUUUUUUUUAGCACUUUAUGCUACAGUGUUAAUGUGCAUUGGCAUUAGCUCACAUUUUCUAAUGCACUGUUUUUUUCUGUUACGCAUACGUUUAAUAAAAACAUUUAAAAUAAAUAAUACAGUAUUAUAGGGUAUUUCUUUCAUUAAACACCAUGUACAUGAUGAAAGCCAGAUGUCAAAAUACAAAUACAGAAUAAACAGAAUCAACUCUGACAACUCUGUUGUGAUAUUUUAACUUUAUUUUACAUAUAUUAAUCAUAUAUAAGUCUUUUAUAUCAGUCAUUUGCUAAUUGUUACAGCUGGGUUAUAUGGAGAUAGUUGGUUGGCCCACAGUAGUAUCUAAAACUGACAGCUUUCUUCUCUAACAUGCAAGACUCAAAUGAGUCAGAACAUGUUACUCAGUUAUCACAAAAUGAAUGACAAAAAAAUCACAAAAAAAAUCACAAGUGUGUAAAUCACACUUCAGUAAUAGUAAUGAUAAUUCUGAAUUAUUCUGUCUAUAAUGAGCUUACAAAAAGCAGCAGACUCUCUAUAGUCUGCUAUAGAGAAGUUUUUAAGAUGACUAGCUUUCUGGUGCUUGUUCAGUGGAAGGGAGUGUCUAUUGGCAAAGUGCCACCCUUUCUUCCUGGUGACUACUAAGUCAGAAGCAGCUGCUCUGACAUUUCAGACAGAUACACAUCACCCAGAGCAGGCAGAAGAAUUUGAACCCUUGACAUCGAGUUGUAGAAAUCAUGGGUCUUCUAUG